AUGAUCGCAAUUCUGGUGCUUGCCGUUGCGGAAGAGAAGGCCGCAGCAGAGAAAGAUGGACACUCGCCACAAUCCUGGAUGAGGUAUCUCCACGUUUGUGGCACCUGGCGCAACCUCCUGCAAAACAAGUCGAGUAUCUGGAACGAGAUCAGAGCCACUAACGAAGACGUCACACAAUACAUGUUGAAUCCCCGUCGCGCGCAGAAGCCGGCUAUCAAAGCCUGCUUCUACGGGUACGGCGAAGCAACAUGCGAAGGGAUUCUAAGGGUGCUGAAGGGGGAGUCCUCGCGCAUCAGGGCGUUGGACCUCGCCAUGCCUAUGGAAAUGUGGCUGUCGCUCUGCCAUGGCAACCCGAAGCUUUGGAUGUUUGACCAGCUGGAGUCUCUGGUUGUGACUAUGCCUACGUUUUGGUAUACCCAUGCCACAAUACCGUUCAUGGUCCCGAAGUUGCAGGAGCUUCGCACAAAUGGAUUCGACCUAUCUGCCAUCCAGCCACUCAUAGGUCCGAGCCUGAAGACGCUUGUCAUCAGAGAUGAAGAACCUACGCGAAAAAGUGACGUCCUCGCGGCACUACGGGCGGCUCCUCAUCUAGAAAAUCUUACCCUGAACGUUCGCUUCUGGAGCGGCAUCGAUGACUCGAGGAAUCCGCCAAGCGUAGAACUUCCUUGCCUGAGAUACGUCAGGGUGUACAUCGAGAGCGAGGAGCACAUUGAGCUUCUUCCGCUUCUCCGGUAUCCAGACACGGCCUCGACCACCUUCGAGCUGGACUGCACAAGAUACUGGGAGGAGUCGACACUAGUUAGCGACGUCGGUCAUAUCGCCAACGAG